AAAAUUGUUGUGGUUUUAUUUGACCAUUUUGUUUAACAUUUAUUUUUUACACUCAACAUCAAUAAUAGUAAAUGGCUAUAUAUUCGAUAAAAAUUCUGGCCAUUCUUUGAGCUUGUCUACGUCAUCAUCAUCAUCAUCAUCAAGUUCACAGUCAUCGUUACAUUUUAUUCAAUCCUCAUUACGGUCAUCCGUCCAUCGAUUCUCAAAUCUUUAUGGAACAAUUAUUCAUUGUAAAGAUUAUUUACAACCAAUAAUAACAACAAAUUCCAAUAAUCAUCAUAUGAGCCAUUUGUUGCCUCGGCCAUCAUCAUCAUCAUCAUCGUCAUUAAUAAUGAUGGAUAAUGGAUAUGAACAUGAUCUACAAUCGAUGCUUGAACUAGCCUAUCAUCAAUAUUCAAAUAAUAUAUCAUUUGAAUGGCAAGUUGGUUAUCAUCAACAACCACAACAAUCAUCAUCAUCAUCAUCAUCAUCGUCAUCAUUACAAUAUCAAAAAGCAAUCGAUUUAGCACAAUUACGUUCAACCAAUCCAAUGGAUGGUACAUUAGCAUUAUCACCAUUUGAAUUGGAUUCAUUCAUACCUGAAAUACAUGAUGCAUAUUAUCGAUGUUUAUUACAUAUGCCCAAUGGUUUUGGUGUUGUCACUAGUCGUGAAUUACAUCUACAAGCAGUGGUUGAGCGAACAAAUACAGCAUCGAUCAAAUCAUCAUCAUCAUCAUCAGCAUCAUCCACAAAUAUCAUGAUGAUUGAUCAUCAUACAACAACAAGUGCCAAACAACGUGAACAAACAUCAAUGAAUAAUGAUGAUGAUGAUCAAAUGAUUCGUGUACGAGUGUUAAAUUCAUCAGAAGUAUAUGAAGGAAAUGAUGCAAUAUUAAAAUGUGAAUACAAUCGUUAUAAUUCAUUAUAUGAAGUAGCAGCUUGGUUUCGUGAUGAUGGCCGUAUUUAUUUACCAUUAGAACGUCUUGUAUCCAGUAUACGACGUACAUUGUCCGGUGGAUUAUCGACAUCUUCCUCAUCAUCAUCAUCAUCAUCAUUAUCGUCCAAUAAAAUUCACUAUGUAAAUUUUUCCACAAUCAAACAUUUUGUUCUACCCGGUAGUGGUGAUUUGCUCAUUUCAAGCGUUAACUAUCGUGAUGCUAAACAUCGUUAUCGUUGCCAAAUUCGUCACCAGAUUACAAAUCGUCGACAAUAUUCUCAAUCAUGGGCACAUAUUUUAUUUAAAAAAACAAAUGAUUUUUAUAAUUCCGGUCCAAGACUUAAUCCACAAUUACAAAGUCGACAUACGGUUGCCAUUAAUGAAGGUGAAUCUGCAUUUUUCUAUUGUUCAUUUGAUGGUUAUCCAACACCAUCUAUUGAAUGGUAUCAUACUGAUCUGAAAACAUUAAGUACUGGUUCUGAAUCUUUGGCCCAAUCAUCAUAUUCUAUCGGCUAUGAGCCGUAUGUUGCUCAUUCAUCAUCCAAUAAUAAUAAUAAUAAUAAUAAUAAUGUCAAUGGUGAUCGUAAUGGACCCAUUCCAAUAUCGAAACAAACAUCAAAUCUAGCCAAUGGUCAAUAUAUUUAUGGCCGUAAUUUUCUUUCAAUUGAAAGAGUUUCGAUUGAAGAUACGGGAAUUAUUUCUUGUGUGGCUAACAAUUCUAAUUCCAUCAUACGACAUGAAAUGCUUCUUUUUGUCAAAAGUUUCUUACAAGUUUCAUUACAUACAACAUCUUCGAUGCCAUUUCCUGGACAAGAUGUCACAUUAAGCUGUAAUCUGACAGCUGUAUCAUCAUUUUUUUCUACCGUUCAACCAAGUGCCUUUUCUAGUUCCAAUAUAUUUGCCAGUGAACAAAAUUCCAAUCAAAAUAGCCAUCAUCAUCAUCAUCAUCUUGAUCAACAACGACAACAGGAGAAACGUUUUCGUGAAUUAAUUAGCUCACAUUUUAUGCUCAACAUUAAUUGGUAUCAUAAUGGACGAAUGAUCAAUUAUGAUCAUCGUAAAAGACGUUCAGCUGAAGAACUUUUACUAAUAAGAGAUUUUCGUGGUCCAGAAGAUAAUGGUGUUUAUCAAUGUUCAAUACGAUUGACUGCUCCUGAUUAUGAUGAAGAAUCAUUUAUGACUGCCAUCCAUAUUAAUUCUAUUGAAAAACCACCAGAAUUUGUUGAUGUUUUUACGGAUCAAAUCAAACAGACUGAAGGUCCAAAACGUGAUUAUCUUUCAUUGAAAUGUUCCGCUUAUGGUAUACCAAUGCCACAAAUUAGAUGGUUUCUUGAUGGCAUAGAAUUAUAUUCCAAUGGUCACGUUCGAAUUGAAACUUUUACCGAAUCAUACAAUAAUAUGGUUGGAUCUCAACCAUCUUCUUCUUCUUCUUCUUCCUCAUCAUCAUCUCCAUCAUCUUCAUCGUCUUCGUCAUCAUCUUCAACAACAGCAUCACGAUCUAUGCUUUCUGUAUCGUAUCUCAACAUAAGUUCUUUACAUUCAAAGGAUGUUGGAAUCUAUGAAUGCAUAGCGGAUAAUUAUUUAGCUAGCAUAUCACAUCGUGCACGAAUCAAUCAAAUAGGUCCACCUUUUAUAAAACCAUUGAAUAAUCAAACUGCCGUACUUGGCCGACCAUAUACUAUUAAUUGCACGUAUGGUGGAUAUCCGUUAGAAGAGGUUUAUUUUGUUAAAGGAAAAAUUGGCAAUAAUGGUGGUGGUGGUGGUGUUGGUGGAAAAUCAUCAUCUACCGGUAGUAUUGUGUCAUCAAGUAAUAAUGGUGAACUAAAACGAAUGCCAUUUGAUGAACGACAUUUAGUACCAAUGCUUGGUUCAAUUACUAUAACAAUAGUGGAAAAAAGUGAUCAAGAUUAUUAUCGUUGUGUGGUUGUGACCAGUAGUGGACAAAAAGCUGAACAAGAAUUUUAUCUUCAUGUUGCUGUUGCUCCGGUCAUCAGUCCGAUUGUAUUUUCGGAUAAUUUUGAAGAGGGAAAACGUGGAUCAGCUGUUUGUACAGUCACUUCUGGUGAUCCACCUAUACAGAUUUUUUGGUUUAAAGAUGGAAUACCAUUAGAAACAAUAAAAACAAUUGGCUCAUCAACGCAUGGUCGACCAAAUAAAUCUCAUCAUUAUGUUCAUCAUUUGAAUCAGAUUCAAAUUGUACCAAUUAAUGAAUUUAUGUCAUCAUUGAUUAUUGCCAAUAUUUCUCGUCAUCAUCAAGGUACCUAUACUUGUAUGGCUUCAUCACCAAUUGCGACGACAAAUGUAUCGGCAUUUUUAUCGGUAAAGGCAACUCCACAAUGGUUAUUGAAACCGGCCGAUCAAAACUCUGUUGCAGGUGAAUCACUUACACUUGAUUGUCAAACAUCAGGUCAACCACCACCUGUAAUUCGUUGGAAAUUUUUAAAAAAUGAGCCUUAUCGAAAUGAACCAAUACCAAUAUUGAGUAGCCAACAGAUUCAUGUACUGGAAAAUGGUUCAUUAUUUCUACGAGCUUUAGAACCAAAACAUUCAGGAAUUUAUAUCUGUGAUGCAUCCAAUGAAGUUAGCAAACAUUCGAUCGAAUCUCGUGCCUAUGUAACUGUCAGCAGUUUGCCAAAAGUGUCCAUACAGAAUACAUUGGGUAAUGCAGCCGCAUCGAUACCAAAUUUAAUUUCCAAAGGGUCAAAUUCAAUGUAUCGUGGCUACACAAUGGAUCGAUUAGUUUUACGUAAAGGAUCACAAACACAGUUGAUGUGUUCAGUGAUUGGUCUGGAACAACCGAUGGUUGCCGAAUGGCUACGACCUAAUGGCGAGACUAGUGAUGAAUGGAAUGAAAAAUCAAAAACAAAAACUUAUCUUGAUUCAUCGCGUAUAGUAUUACGAGAGGAAAGUAAAAUGAAUGAAAAACGAGCUUAUCUAUAUAUUAGCCAUGUUGGUCGUAUGGAUACUGGCAUCUAUUGUUGUAUGGGUAUCAAUAGUAAUGGUUAUACAGUUUCAUUUAUCGAGCUUCUUGUACAAGAACCACCAGAUAUGCCUGUCAAUUUUCAUGCACAAGAAAUCAAUAGCCGUUCGAUUACAUUGAAUUGGUCGAUCAGUUUUGGUGGUAAUUCACCAAUCACAUCUUAUGUGGUUGAAUAUCGACCAAUAACAAUAAUGUCAAAUACAAAUAUAAAUACGAAUACGAAUAAUAAUAAUGAUGAUAAUGACAACAAUAAUAAUAAUCAUCAUCAUCAUAACAAUAAUAAUAAUAUCAAACAUAAGAAUGGACAACAACCGGAUAAUAGUAACGAUAUUGAAACGAAAAUUUUAACAGCUAAAUCAUUGACAACUACCAUUACGAUUAAUGCACUUAAUCCUCUAACUACAUAUGAAUUUCGUGUUUGUGCCAUUAAUGAAUUGGGCGCCAGUCCAUUCUCUGAUCCAUUGAUUAUUAACACCGAAAUGGAAGCUCCUUCAUUGAUUCCAUUAGACUUGCGAACAUUGGUGCUUGGAUCACGGUCGAUCAAAUUGAUUUGGUCAAUUGUAUUAACAACAGAACCACCAAUCGAACAGAUCGAUGGAUUCUAUAUCGGAUAUCGACCUGUCAUUUCAUCUACUAGUAGUAAUGGUGUUACAACGAAUAAUGUUGUACAAUCAAGUGGAUCAAUCAUCGAUCCAUCUACUGGUAUUAUAAUGAUGAUUGGAACAAAUGCUGCUGCUGCUGCUUCUGGUGGUGGUGGUGGUGUUGGUGGUGUUGAUCAAAGUACAAACAAUAAUAACAACAACAACAAACCCGUUAUCAUUUCAAACAAUGGUGCAGUCAAUAGUAAUCUGAAUAAUGGAAAAGCAGUACCAUAUACGUUUAAAAUUAUGUAUGAAGAUCAUUCAAAAUUUGUAUCAUCAAACAUUUUAUCAAUGGCAAUCUAUAAUGGUUCUAAUGUAUUACAACGACAAAACAAUGAAAAUAAACAGCCAUCGAAUAAUAAUAAUAUGACAACAUUUUGUGAAGUGAUACGUACAUCAACCGAUUCAGAUAAUGGCAAUAUUAAUAAGCCUAAUAAAUUUUAUCCAACCAAACAACAACAACAACAAUGGUCCACAAUGACAAUAAAUCAACGAUCCAAAUUGAAUGGAUUAAAAUCACGUGAUGAUACACAGAUUCGUUGUGUAUAUGAAUUUGUUGUGAAUAAUUUACAACGAAAAACAAGAUAUGGAUUUAUUAUUCAGGCAUUCAAUGCUAAAGGAACUGGCCCAGUAAGCACUGAAGUGUAUGCACAAACUUUACUCAAAGAUCCACCGGGAAAACCUGUGAUAAAAUUAACCAAUGUAAGCCUAUAUGAGGCAUCAUUCAUAUGGUCAAUGCCACAUGUCAAUCAUAAUAAUGGAAAUGAAAUUGGCAAUGAAAUACUAAAUGAUUUUGACAUGGAUAAUCAAAAUCCGAUCAAUAUUGAAGGCUAUAUUAUAUCAUAUCGUGCAUUGAUCAAACGUAUCACAGCAUUUUCCGGUUCAUCAAUAGUAGAUGAUACAUUAUUCGAUCAAGCUGAAUUUAUUCAUCCGGAUUCUAUUGAUGAUGAAAAUGAUGAACAACAAUUAUAUGGUCGUAAAUAUCAGGCUAAUAAUUGGGAAACAAUAUCCGUUUCGGAAAAAAUUCAAGGACAUACAUUACGUAAUCUUCGUUGUGGUACAUUAUAUCAGGUUCGUGUAGAGGCAUUCAAUGAAAUGGGCAAUGGUGAACCAUCGGAUGUGCUACAAUUUUCUACACUUGGACAAGCGCCAGCAGUGCCAAAUAGCAAUGCAUUCAUCAUAUCGAAUAUAACUUCGGUCAUGUUAGAUUUGGAUCGUUGGAACAAUGGCCUAUGUCCUAUAAUUAACUUUGCAUUACGUUAUCGUAUAAAGGAUCCGAAAUUUUUAUCAUCAUCAUCGAAUGAUAAUAUAAACAACAAUAACAAUUGGAUAACAGUUUCAAGUUAUUUAAAACCAGAAUAUGGUGCCAUGUAUAUUAUAAGAGAACUAAUACCGGGUACUUGGUAUGAAUUGAGUAUUAUUGCAACCAAUGAUGCCGGUGAAAGUGAAUCCCGUUAUCUAUUUUCAACAUUAACAUUGGAUGGUGCAACCGUUGAACCAUUAUAUGCAUCCGAUUAUAAUCGUAGACAUUUGGGCGUUAUUGGUGGUGUUACACAAACGGACAGCAUAUUUGAAGAUCCAAUGAUUUUGAUACCGGCUACUUGUGCCAUACUUGUAUUGUUGGUGAUUGGUGCUGCAACCAUUUUCAUAUUUAUAACUAGAAGUAAAGAAGCCUUAUCGCGUACUGAACAUUUUUGUCGACAUCGAGAAAAUAGCCGAACUGAUCAAUUAUCAUUGAAUUUGUUUACGAAAAAUUAUUCCAAAUCUGACUUGAUACGUUCAUAUAAUGAAGGUGGUAAUUGUGGUGAUCCACAUAAAUUAACUCAAAUUGAAACAUUGAAUUGUGGUCAAUCAACAGAAAUGAUCAAUGGUGGACCAAUAAUGAAUAUUACAUCACAAUAUGUUGAAGGACCAACAUCGUUGACCACUUAUACAACAAGUGAUUGUGAUCCAAAUAGUUUGCCACCAAUUAUGGAUGGUGUUUGUACACCAUCACAUAGAAUCAGUAAAUUAGCCAAUAGUAAACCUAUUGUUGAAUCAUUUUAUUCAACACCAUGUAUUGCUACACAAUCCAAUUCAAUGUUGACUACACAAACACCGCAACAACCGCCGCCUCAAUCAACACAAUUAACCAAUUCUUAUUGUACACAAACAAUGAGCAAACCAAAUACGGCAACAAAAUCAUCACAACUUUUGGAUGAAUUUAAUCAUCCUCAUCAUAUACAUCAUCAUCAUCAUCAUCAUGAAGAAUCAGGAAUAAUUUAUGAAUGUAAUGGUAACAAACAACAAUCACAACAACAGCAUCCAUAUUAUACACAUUCACAAUUUUUAAAUCCAUGUCCUUCAAAUUCAAAUGAUACAAAUACCACUAGUUUAGCGUUGCAACAAUUAUCAAAGAAAAAAUCGGACAAAGAUCAUAUCUAUGAACUUCCAAAGCAACAGCAGCAGCAGCAGCAACAACAACAACAACAAUCUAAUCCAUCGAAUAACGUUGAACAAAAUGUAAAAAGUCAUUAGAUUUUGAUAUUUUUGGAUUUUUUUUUCUCAUAAAUCAAUUCUAAAUUCCCAUUAGGAUGCAAAUUUGGUUGUGAUGAUGAUGCAGCAGCAGCAGCAACAACAACAACAACAACAACAACAACAAUCGUCUAUGGGAACAAUGAAUCGUAAUCAAGUGACAUUACAAAGUCCUCAUCGAUUAAGAACCGAUCAAAUUGGAAACUUGCGAAGUUUUCAUCAGCAGAAUUUUUGAAUUUUUGAAUUUUUUUUCGAUUAACUCAUUUUCAUUUCUAUUGUACGUCAGUGAUAAUUGUGCUAAAUGACGUAAAUUUUCCUCUAUCGACUAUGUUAAACAAACAAAUUUUUUUCCCUAUGGUGUCUAUCCUCGGAAAAUUUAUCUUGUGAUCAUUUGAUAUUUUACAAAUAUACAUACAUCAUACACAGCCAUUUAUUGUGCCUUUAUCAUCAUCAUCUUCAUCAUCACAAUUAUUGCAACCAAAUUUAACUUUUGGUGUUUUGUUUUUUUUUCUUAUUAUUGAUUUAUUCAUCUGAAAUGAUUAAUUAGUUUGUAAUUUCAAUUGGAAUUUAUGUGAAUUUUUCUUUUUUCUUCUGUUGAUAAACCCUUUGUUCACUAUUAAUUGAAAUAUGCAAUCAAAUGUGCACAUGUACACAACAAUUCAAAUAUCAACAAGAGAAAAAAAUGAUGUUCGAUUUAAAUCUAUAUAAAUAAAUUCUUUCGAAUCAA